AACUUAAACCAUAGCAAGUGAAGCAAUAAAAAGCAUGGGAGAAGAGAAAGAGGAUGCCAAAGAGGGAGCGGUUAACAUUAGUCUCAAGGAUCUUUCAAAGAAGCUUGAGGAAUUUGCCAGUGCCAGGGACUGGGACAAAUACCACAGUCCUAGGAACCUCCUCCUUGCUAUGGUUGGAGAAGUGGGGGAGCUAUCAGAGAUAUUCCAAUGGAGAGGAGAAGUGGAGAAAGGGUUGCCAAAUUGGGAGGAAUCAGAGAAAGAACAUUUAGGAGAAGAACUUUCUGAUGUGCUUUUAUACCUCAUCAGACUCUCUGAUAUUUGUGGCAUUGAUCUCACUGAUGCUGCUUCCAGAAAACUUGUUAAGAACGCUAUCAAAUACCCACCACCACCCAAGUUUUUAUAAACUGCCUUUGCCUUUGCCUCCAAAACAAAAGAAAAGAAAACCCUCACUUGGAUGCUAUAUCAUCUUUCUUUUCACACUUUGGAAUAAUAAAAUUCUUCUCCAUUUUCCUUUCUG